AUGCAGCCGCCCGAGCACCGCGGCCCCGCGGGCCUCGAGGGGCUCCUGGCAGCCGGCGGCUUCCCCGGGAGCCAGGGCCGCGGCCUGCCGCCCCCGCCGGCCCUAGGCAGCCCCUCGCCUCCCCCCGGCCUCAACCCCGGCUACGCGGCCGAGGAGCCGGCCAAGCCGUGCCUCCCCGGCCCCGCCGCCCCCCCGGGCCCCGCCGCCCCGCCGGGCCCCGCCGCCCCCGCGCCGCUGCCCUACGGCUACUUCGGCAGCGGCUACUACUCGUGCCGGGUGGCCCGCAGCGCCCUCAAAGCCGGGGCCCCCCCGGGCGGCUUCCCCGGCGACAAGUACCUGGACCCCCCCGGCGGCAGCGAGGACUUCCCCAGCCGCCCCGCCGAGCUCGCCUUCUACCCGGGCUACGGGGCGCCCUGCCAGCCCGUGGCCGGCUACCUGGACGUGUCGGUGGUUCAGACCCUGGGCGCCCCGGGGGAGGCCCGGCACGAGGCUCUGCGGCCCCUGGACAGUUACCCCCAGCCGUGGGCCCUGAGCGGCGGCUGGAACAGCCAGAUGUGCUGCCCCAAGGAGCAGAGCCAGGCCGGGUACUUCCUCAAAUCCGCCUUCGCAGACGCCGCCGCGCAGCUCCCCCCCGACGGCUGCUCCUUCCGCCGGGGCCGAAAGAAGAGGGUCCCUUACAGCAAGGGGCAGCUGAAGGAGCUGGAGAAGGAGUACGCCAGCAGCAAAUUCAUCACCAGGGACAAGAGGAGGAAGAUCGCCGCCGCCACGAACCUCACGGAGAGGCAGAUCACCAUCUGGUUUCAGAACAGGAGGGUGAAGGAGAAGAAAGUCGUCGCCAAAAUCAAAAGUAGCAGCACCCCGUGA